AUGUCGUCCUCCAAGAAAUCGUCAUCCUCAUCCUCGCGCAAGUCGCGAUCGCAGCCCGAAGCGGUUUACGGUCCACCGUACUCUUCAUAUGGAACGACCUAUAGCUCCACGUCGCCAUUCUGGACAAUUGGCACACUAUUCGGUGCUUCGAGCGUCGCGCUCGGUGCUUUUGGGGCUCAUGCGUUGAAGCAGCGCAUCUCUGAUCCAGCCAAGAUUGCCAGUUGGGGUAAUGCCGCUCACUAUCAGCUCAUGCACUCAGUUGUUCUGACACUUACCGCUGCCGUUGCGCCGGCGAACAAACUCGCCAUGAGUCUCUUCACGGCGGGCAUGGCCAUGUUUUCGGGUAGCAUAUAUCUGCUCGUUUGGGAUGCGAAGAAAUACAAGUCGGUAGGACCCGUUACACCAAUUGGCGGGCUGUGCCUCAUUGGAGGUUGGAUUAUGCUGGCGGCAAGGAGCAAAUUGGUUCUAUCCAGGGCCAGGUAG